GUUUAUAUUCAUAAAUGUCUCCAUAUCCGAUUAAACUUUAUCAUAGAUGGGGAAAUUUUCUUUUAUGGGGAAUAUUAGUUGAUAUAGGAAUAAUUUAUGCUUCAUGCAAUAAAUGUUAAAGAAGAACAAAUAUACAUGGUAAUAUAAUGACAUUUGUAGUCAUAAAUAGUUUCUUAGCUUCAUUGGCUUAUUGUUAUUUGAAGCCAUAUAAUUAUUAAUAUGAUAAUUAUUCUAAAUUGAAUGAAUAUAAAUAAUUUCAUCUAGUUAUCGGAACUGCUAUGAUGUUGAUGAUGGUGGCAUUAGCAUUAUUUGGAUAUUUUGUUAAAUAUUAAUUAGGAAAUUCAGAAGGAAAUAAAAAUAUAAUUUAUUAUAAAAAAAUACAUUCUACUCUUGGAUAAAUAACGUAUUUGAUUGGAAAAGUAGAAUCAUUUAUUGGAAUGUUUAUGUCAUAUAGAACCCAAGAAUGGUUUAUUUUUAUUUGGGUUACAUAUAUUGCUGUAAUAAUUUGUAGAGUGACUUUAGAAUGGAUAAUUCCAAGUUUUAAAUCACCAAAAAUUGAAACCAUUAAGGAAGAUGAAUAAAAAUUAAUCACUUAUGAUAUAUUGUCUGAAAAUUUAGUAAAUAAAUAAUGGUUUAUAUUUAAAAACUAAGUUUAUUGCUUUGAUCAAAAUUAUAUUCAUCCAGGAGGAUAAAUCAUAUGGAAACAUAUUAAAUAUAUAGAAAUAGGAUAAUAUUUUUAUGGAAUUAGUUAAAUUCCAGGAACAAAUAUUCUACAUUAACAUUCAAAAUACGCUUAAGAAUAAUUUAUAGGGAAUUAUUACGGAACUCUAUGCAAUUAAGUUGGUUUUCCAAUGAAAGACAAUUCAAGAUGGGCAUUAAUAAAUUAAAUCAAAAUAACAGAAACAGUUAGUAGCUUUCAAUUCUAACAUCCUGAAAUAGAAUUUGAAAUCAAUCUAAAUAAAAUAACCCCAAAUCAUUUUGUUUUUAAAAGUAUAACUAACAAAAAGAUUCCAAUUCGUCUUUACACUUAUGUAUAAUGUAUGUAAAAACCAGCACUUGAAUACAUGUAAAGUUUGAGUGAUUUAUAAGAGAAAAAGGAAAAUGUUAGAUUUACAAAUAAUUUUAAAUCUACUUCCCUUUCAUUUUUUAUAAAAUACUAUGAAACCCCAAAUGGAUUCAGCAAAUAUAUCACCAAAUAAAAUCCUGAAAUAAUAGAUCUAUAGGGCCCUUAUCAAACAGUUUUUAAAGAUUAUUUAAAAGAAGGUCAAAUUAUUUUGAUCUGUGGUGGAACAGGUAUAUUGCCUUUUUUGGAUUUACUUAAUUAUCAUCUAUUAAUGUGCUAUAAUGAAUUAUUUGAGCAUCCGAAUCUAUUGAAAGUUCCUAGUCUGAAUAGGUAUAUCACUUUAUUCUAUUCAGUUACUGCUGAAGAAGAAUUGCUUGGAGAUUCCAUAUUCUUAAAAUUAAGAGAAUUGUAAAAUCAUUUAAAGAAAUAAAAUUUUUCUUUGAUUCUAAGAUGUAGAAAAUAAAUUGAAAGAUGUGAAACCACUAAGAAGAGGUUCACUCGAGAUUUCAUUGAAAAUUAUUUCAAAUUCGAAAUUAAGUAAAUAUUCGUUUGUGGUCCUUAAGUUUUAAGGAAUAGCAUAAAUAAAGAGUUUAGAGAUAUGGAGAAUGAAAUUAUUUAUAUAUGA